CGUCCUUCAGGUUUAGUUGUCAAAAGAGCAACAGCAAGCUUAAGCCGGCAACAUGUUCUCCUUAAUGUUGAUAGCAAUUUCAGCUUUGGUCCCUGCCAAUGGCGCUGAUUUGUCUGCUGAGUUUGCUCACGAAGCAGUUUUAGAUACUUACGAGAAAAUGAAACUGUUCUGGACGGUGAACUGGGAAAAUAAAACCGUAUCCUUUGCUGUCGAGGCAGCAACAACAGGGUGGGUUGGUUUCGGUAUCUCUUCGGGUAAUGGGAAUAUGGCCGGAAGCGACAUGGUUAUCGGAUGGGUGAAGGACUCCAAGGGUUACCUGACGGUAAGUGACGAGUGAGCAAGAAUUUUUGCCGAAAGGACACUAGUCACGGUGAAGUUCUAAGCAGAAGAAAAAGGUUGAGAAAGAAAAGAAGGAAUGAACGUCAUUACGACAUCUGGAUUUAGAUGACUAAAACAGCCAAAGUGGUGUUUGACACUGCACUUUUAGCCGUUUCUAUUUAGAUCAAAACGUUCAAUACUUUCAAACCAGUGCCUAAAUUUAGGAUGUAUUCGUAGUUGCACAGAAACAUAGCAGUCUGUUCAAGAAAAGAUUUGCUCUUCUGUUAACACUGCUUACAUUUUGAGCAGUAUCAGCACAACAUUGACCCGUUGUCACGCUAACGUGUCUGUAUAUAAAGGUAAACUGAUGCUUCUAAAAUUGUUUUGUUAUUUAAGUGAUGUAAAAUAGUUUUGUAUUCCACGUCAUCUUUGGUAAACAAAUUAAAAAGGAGCAAACUACUUGCCUUUUAAAGAGACUUGACCCUACCAAGCUGUAUAUUUUUCAUUGCAGUCUGCAGUUAAGCUGUAAAUCAGUAAAGCUUAACUUAAAAAAAUAAAUAAAUACCUGGCUUAAGUCUGCGAGUGCAUACCACGGUUAGUUUUUGAUCUUGUUUUAUUAACUUUUUUUAAGGACCGGUUUGCUGAUAACCAAAGCUGUCCACCGUUGGACAAAGAAAACAAUUACAACUUUACUGGGUUUGAGGAAAGCGAAGGGAAAACUGUGUUGAGAUUUUGUAGGAAAUUUGACACCUGUGAUCCUCGCGACAGGAAGAUUGAGGUAAUCCUUAACGUAGUCAGAAGCCGAUUACUUCAUUACCUGAGUUACUGGGCUCGUGACAUAGCCUGUUCGUGUUUUUCCAUCAGUCAUAUCAGUCAGCUCAGCCAAAAUAUUUAAUCAUAGCUUAAAAGGGUAAUUCUGCUGCGUUUUAAAGGCAGUGUCACUGUGUCUGAAUAAACUGUAUACCGUGUUGCUAAUGAUUAUCAUUCAACUGUUCAGCGCUAAUUAAGAAGCAGUCUCCCUAAAAGCGGUCCGGCGCGUUUCGGGUCGAAAAAUUGAUUUCUUUCAAACUUCGUCCAGGAAUCUGUCUUAGUCUAAAAGUAAUCGUUACCACCUUGGUUUUUUCAAAUACAGCAAAAUAAUUUUUUUCUGAGCAAAAAUCGCUUCAGCGCUCAAACGCCCGUUUUUAACAACACCGAUUAUCAAAAAUAACACAAAUUGCCGAGCUCGUUUUCUUUUAGAAAAUUCCAGUUUGAAGGAUUUUUUUUGUUUCGCAUAUUUAGAUAAACCCUUUUUCGAACAAAGCACAUAAGUUUUGUUUUUUUAAUGGUCUUUAUUUUGGUUGACACCUACUUUGAUGUUACCGCUAUGACGUGAAAUAUGCUUGAAAUAUUCACUUGGUCAACUUAUCUUUGACGAGUCAUUUGAUUCCAUAAAAGCUUUUUAAUGACUUGCAAUAAGAUAAAACAUCAUUAACUUAAGAAAAAUCUUCAUCUUCAUUAGUAGAAAAACAGAGCUGUCGAAAGUUGGCUCUAGGCGACCUAUUGUUUGGUUAUUAGUAAUUAAUGAGGAGGGGAAAAAACCCCAGAGGCCAGGAUAGCUAUGACAAGAUUUACGUUUACUCAGAAUUCGACUUUGAAGUUUCAGAGUCGAAGUUUUCACAUUCGUUGUUUUUAACGUGAAUUCCUUUCUAGUUGAUAUAAGUGAAUAAUCAAAUAAAUGAUGAAACUUCAAGUUCUCACGAAGUCGCCAGAAAUAAAAUAUUUCAUGAAAACCCACAAAACAAACCAGAAGGAAUUUUUCCAAGACGAUAAGAUAUCUUUGCACCGCCGUCAGGUCGCAAAAUAAUUUUUUUAACUUGGUAACUUAAAUAAUGCGUCACGCAACCUCAGGUUUGUCAGUAAUAAAUAUAAGUGCACUGAACUCUGUUAUUUAAGUUCCUUCUUGAUGCUUCGUCUAUGUCAAUAAGCCAGAAGUUUUCAAGUAAUUGUCUACGAUAGAAGUUUUGACCGGAACAGAAAGUAAAUUAACCAGGUAGAAUAGUUCCAAAGACUACAGAGUGUACGAGACUUGGUUAUUUAUUUUUUUUUCCAGUAAUUCCUCCCAUUUCCGUACCAAAAAGUGCACGGGUGUGUUUCCAUCAAUUAAUUUUUGGCAUACAACCUUAUGCAGUCCCAAACCUCACCGCAUCAGUAUUUUACUCAGUACCCUUUUCUGGUGCUGGCGUUUUAAAAAACUUAAAUAAAUGCAAACUUUUCUUAUUUUCUCACUUCGUCCAAGUUUUCCUUCCUAAAGGUCUCCUACGUAUAAUUCAGAAUCCAAAUAAUCCAAACCGUCACAAAUGUCAAUGACAAAGUUGUGGAAUUUCAAUUUACUGAAAUUAUUGUUUGAAACUUGCCUUGCUUAUUUUACUCUUUUAUGAAUGAGCAAUCUUCGACAAUUUUUAUAGUUUCUUAACCAAACUCGAUUUGGUGUUUCUUGAUUUAGAUAGGAUUUCAAAAUGCUUGCACAUUUCCUUGAGCAUCUUAACCUUGAGAAAUGAAAGUUUGUUUUUAAAUGCCAUUUCGCAAAGGUUUUAGACAUCAUAGAUCAUUGUAUGCUUGACGCCAAUUUCAGACUGUACGGCUACACUGGCUCUCUCGAGCAUUUGUUCAUCGGUUAGCAAGGCAUACAAUACAAUACAAUACAAUACAAUAUUUAUUUUGCCAUAUACAACAUUUACAGAUGGAAAAAAAAAAUGAAGAAAAUUGAUGACAGAAAAUAAAUGGCGAGAAAACCUGAAAGAAACCACGAGGCUUAUAACAAGUCAGGCUUUCUCACUUAAAAUAACUAAUCUUAUAUUAGUUAUAUUACUGUUCAGCUAGCUCUUCAUUAUCGUCAGGCUCAGCGUCAUCGCUGGAGGUUUCCUUGCUAUUUGAUUGCUUUCUCUUCGCAGAGAGUCGGAAGAAAUGUCCCUGGAUUUGAAGCUUUGAAAGCCAUUACAUCAUCUAUUAAACAUUUGUGUACCACCGGUGUUGCGAGCAUUGCGCAUAUCGUUAGCUACUUGUGCAGGAUCUUCCUUCCUCUCAGUUUUUGACCAAAUUAAUGAUCCAUUUGGUUUAUUUGUUCUUUUUUUUUCGAAAAAUAUCUUAUUUCCGACGAUUUUUUUACGAACCCAUAGUUUAUAAACACAAAAGAGGGGACCUUUCAAUAAAUAAGUUCUCGUUGCGAAAUUUUACUAAAUUAAAGGUUGCAUUUCGAAUUAAAAGGACUGUACUUUAACUGCUGUUAAGAUGAACGGUUUCCAAAUGAACAACAUGAAAUAUUCUGAAUAAACCUGAAUCUCGUCAUAGCUAUCCUGGCUUCCGAAGUUUUUCCCCCUUUCUCAUUAAUUGACCGAUAAACAAAACGAUAGGUUGCCUAUAGCUGAGAGUCAGCUUUCGGCGGCUUUGUUUUUCUAUAUGAAGAUAAUGAUUUUCUUUACUUAAUGGUUUUUAUCCUUUAUGCAAGUCAGGAAAAAGCUUUUGUGGACUCAAUUCACGCUUCAAUCAUAAAUUAGCCGUAUAAAUUUUGUCUACUUUUGAGACCGCUUCAUGUGCAUUGUUAGGUCGAAUUUUCGAAAAUGCGCGCAAUUUGUUGGCCGGCUAUUCGAGCGAGAAGUCCGCCGAAACCUCAGGACGUUUUUAUAUUUCCGUACUCUUCUACCCUAUUUUAGCCAGUCUGAAUAAAAAUACCUUGGGAAAGAAGUUGGAGUUUGCGCUGAGCCGAGAUAAAAAGUUGCAUAUUCCAGGUCAUAGCGGUAGCGUCAAAGUAGGUUUUAACCAAAAAAAAAUUCAGUGGAAAAAAACUGUUAACAAAACGUAUGUUAUUUGCCCUCAGAAAGGGUUGAUUUAUAUAUGAGAAACAAAACAAAACCUUCAAACUAGAAUAUUGUGAAAAGACGAGCUCGGCAAUUUGUGCUAUUUUUGAUAAUCGGUGUUGUUAAAAACGGGCGUUUGAGCGCUGAAGCGAUUUUCGCUUAGGAAAAAAAAAUUAUUUUGCUGUAUUUGAAAAAACCAAGGUGGUUCCGAUUACUUUUAAACUAAGAUAGAUUCCUGGGCGAAGUUUGAAGGAAAUCGAUUUUUCUAGCGAAACACACCGGACCGUUUUUAGGGAGACUGCGUCAUAAUUUUGAAUGAUAAUAAUGUUCUCUCAUUUCUCCUUCAAAGCAAAGAAAGUAAAUUGGUAUUAUCCCUUUUCACCCUAAUUUUUAUUUUUUUAAUUUCUUUUUUUGACAGGAGGGCACCACUAAGGUCGUGUUUGCAUAUCAUGCAGAGGACCCCACUUCUGAGGACGAUAUGAAGAAACAUACAUUCCGAGGGGCGAAGAGCAUUCUACUUCUUAACAACAUGGACAAAAAACAAGUGAACGAAACCGGGUGGCAGCAGUUUUACGUCACAAAUAGAAAUGUUAGAUACAGAUAAAAAGUUCUUAUUUUAGUGUUCUAAAUUUUGGAGAUUGUUAUCGAAAGUGAAGAUUGUAGAGUGUCCAUUCAGGGAGUUUGAAGCUAACUCAAAAUGUAAAUUUUUUUUUUCAGGUAACAAUUCCUAAAGAGCGCACAACGUAUUGGUGUUCUCUUAUCCAACUACCCGAGUUCAAAUCAAAGCAUCAUAUUACAAAGGUGAGUACAGAAGUGCAAAACAUUGCAAUAAAGCCUGUUUUCAUCCAAUUAUAUCUUAUUAUGGUUAAGUGACCGAUCAAUGUAGAAGGCCACCGCGUAGAUUCUUGCGAAAAUAAGUAAAAAAUAUGAACUUGCAUGUUCAGGAAUGCGUUGAUAACAAAUUGUUUAUACGGUCCAACUGAGUUCUCCAAAGAAAAACAAUUUCGUAGUCGGUGGGAUUUAUUGACCUUGCCACAACCUUUGACAUUUCACUCGUGCAUUUCAAAACUCUCCACUUAUGAGUCAGAAAAAGCCACACCCUUAAGUUGGACGGUGAGCUUAGGGCGGGUAACGAAAUGUUUAGGUGUAGGGAAGUACCUAAGGUAAGUUUACCAAAGGUGUAUCAAUUGAUCUAUGCGGCCAAGGUUUCACAAACGUUUUUGUUCUUAAUGGAAUUCUAGAGAUUUGUAGCAAGUAAUCAUUAAGAAGAAGUAAAGUGUUACACUAUUGAUGUUGGUGUCGCUUCCAAAGAAGUUUCAGUAUAUUGCUUUUUUAUAGUUUGAGCCAUACGUAACACCUGGAAACGAAGGAAUCGUGCAUCAUUUACUCGUCUACGAGUGUCAUGGGAAUUUUAGUAAUGCUUCCUUAUAUGGUUCUGGCUUUGACUGUUCUGUACCCAAUAUGCCUCUACGAAGUUGUUAUGACUACAGUGUCGUUGCUGCUUGGGCUGUUGGUGGUACGGUAAGACGUUUAACUUAUAGCUCUCCCGAGAAAACUAACUUUAAAUUUGAAAUAUUUUGACUUUUGAAAGGUUUUUCGUUACUCUUCCUAAAAAAAUGUAUGUUUUACUAUCAAAUAGGCAUUUUAUUAUCCACCGAAGGCUGGGUAUCCAGUUGGUACGUCGAACUCGACAAGGACGUUUUUUCUUGAGCUACACUAUGACAAUCCCGAUGCAAUUGAAGGUUAGCACCUCACAUUUUGCGUCUUUUGUUCGUUUCAAUUUUUAGUUGAGGAGAAGAAACAAUGAGAGGUGUAUUUUGCCCUCAGCUAUAAAAUAUCUAUUUACCUCAAAAUUUUUUUUUUGUCAAAUAGGACGAAAAGACAGCUCAGGGAUUCGUUUUUACUACACUUCUCAUCUCCGUGAGUACGAUGCUGGGAUAAUGUGUGUUGGAGAAAGAAUAAGUAAAUUUGCGAUAAUCCCACCAAAACAGGAAUCUUGGUUGACUGUGGGUUACUGUCCCAAGGAAUGCUAUCAGGUAAAUUGUCUCAAACGUUCACAAUCACUUGCGUUUCCAUGAAAACUUCUUAUUCACCCCCAUGCCAUCCAGAGUUUUUAAAAAAAUAAAAAAUAAAAAAAAUGGCAAUGUGGUGAAGCUGGCAUCGAAAAGGGGCAAAACACAUGUGGUUAACAACUUAUGAUUUCACCUUUUUUUAUACACGGUGCAUUACAGUGCCUAGGAACGUGUGUCUUAAAUUUACAUCAGCAUUUAACAUAAAGCACUUUUUUUUUCCAUAGGAAGACUUGCAGGCGACUAAGCUCCCUGAAAAAGGAAUAAAAGUUUUUGCUGCCCUUCUUCACACCCACCUGCAGGGUAAGUCACCUUGCUCUACUUUCGUUGUUUAGAAGUGCAUGGUGGUUGUUGUUUGUUUAUAUGUACGCGUGUCUGAUUUAUGUUUCCACGUUCUGUUGAUAGUCAUACGUCAUUAUGGAGCUAAACCUUAAUAUCAUCGAGUUUUGUUUUCAUCUGCAGGGCGUGCAACAUGGACAAAGCACGUUCGCAACGGAGUUGAGUUACCAGAAAUUGCAAGAGAUGACCAUUAUGAUUUUAACUUUCAGGUAAUUUAUACUUCAUACCUCAGGUGCGACUUAAUGUGGUAUAAGAUCCACUAUUAGCAUUUGCCGAAUGCACAAGAAUUACUAUACAAUAUGCUACCCCCUCAUCAACUUAUCCUUUAUUUCACUUGAAUCAAUUUGUCCAGUCGGAACUACUAAUAUUUUCACGACAUCCAGAAUACUUUAAUUUUCAAUAUAUAUAUUUUUCGUUUUACCCAGUCAGUAUUGACAACAUCUGGGAUUAUCGCGACCUCAUAAGAUAACUCUUCCAGUUGUCAGUGGUCGCUCACGGAAGUCAUAGUACAACCAUAACCUCAACACUGUGGGCACUGUGACCAUUCCCUAUUAAGAUUCAAGUGCUCCUUUCGAGUGUCGAAACGUGAUACAUUCUAAUAAGUGCCUCAGUUCAUCUUUCACUACGUGAGCCAUAAGACAUUGCUGGCUGCCAAGCUGCGAAUUGAUUUUAUCAAAAAAACUGUCAUUAAUUUUCCAACAGUUAACUUUCACUUGUUAUUCCGCAGGAUAUACAAGUUUUGAGAGAGGAGGCUCACAUCAAACCGGUUUGAGAAAAACUUUGAUUUUAGAGCCAGUUUUUCAUAGAAUCACAUUUUAUAUUAUCUCAUGAAAGGAUAAUAAUUGAUGUGAGUUAGACGAUGUGUCCUACUGAUUUAUUUAAUGCACUCAAGCUUCCACGCAACCAUGUGAUUGAAUAAUCUGGAAGAACAACAUUGCUUAUGAUCAUUUUACGUUCCUUUUUUUUUUUUUAAUUAAAUUAGAUUAAGUUAAUGUGAGUUUGAUCUUUUCUAUCAAAUCGAGAUUUAAGAAUUCGCAUCCAGAUGAUCGCUGCACAUUUUGUUUUCUUCACUGACGUCUUUCUUAUCCUUCAGGGGGACGACUUAAUUCAUUUCUGCAAAUACGAGACAAUGGAUCGCGAUACACUCGUGCAGGCAAGUGUGAUAUCUGGGCCCUCAAAAAAAGCUGUUGGUUUCUUUACAGCAGUGACACCUCUCUCAAUCUCUAUUUCAAGUGAUUGCAAUAAAAACAUGCCAUCAUUGAUUUCACUUUACAUGGUGCAUGACAGAGUGACAGAUAAUGUACUCCUACUCCACUUACAGGCUGGUUUCUCUACCACUCAAGAAAUGUGUCUGAAUUACAUGUUUUACUAUCCUCGAAUGGUGAAUGCUACAGCAUAUUGCUCCAGCUCUCUACGUAAGCCAGUGUACGACUUCAUCAAAGAACGCUUGUAAGUGAAUUAAUACAUUCUUGUUCAAGUAAUGUUGAAAUUAGAGCUGGUCUGCUUCCACGAAACCACCUUAAUACGUCUGUCGAGAAAAUAAUCAAAACGCAGCGUCAAAAGUGCGAACAACAGCUCAAGUAAAACCGGUGUUGCAUGCUCUGCCACCUGAAAUCUUUCGCAUUUCUCAACAAGAAUCCUGUUUUUGGGAGCUAUUUUAUUGAAUAAUUACCCAUCUGCACUUAAUUUCACAAGUACUUUCAUCGCCUAUCAAUAAAAAGCAAGGAGUUUAACACUAAAGUGUUGGUAUUCGGGGCAUUGUAAUUAUUCCCUAGAUAUGCUAUUUGUGUAUUUGGUUCAUUCCUAUGCUGUCGUGCUGAGGUAUCCCCCCCUGAAAGGAGGGAAUGAAUUUCUCUUACAAAGGGCCUAUUUCAUUCUUCGCGUGAAACGAAAUGAUCCGUCCAGCAAGUUUCUUGAAGGUAAUAGAACAUUCAGCGUUGAUCAUGACUGGCAUCCUUUCUUUGCCAAGUCGUCAAGAAGCUGGAUAAAUCUCAUUGGCGUUCUAGUCAGCUAACACAGUGAAAAUUGACCAACAAAUGAAUUUAAGCACAUGACUGUCUGACAGAGUAUUAUCCUUAUAACAGCCUAGAGAACAAAACUCAAAGCAAACUGCAAAAAGAAAUGUUUGCGAAUACGAAAAGAGUUGAAGAACACAGAGAAGAUGAAAAGGAAACACACCAUAGCACCAAAAGAAGCGAACAUGACUGUGGAGUUAAACCAAAGAUUGUCUAUUAAAUCGUACAGGUAUAGCAUGUCUUGUUUCAAGCAAUGUUUGGUUUCAAUCUAUUUUUAACUUUAAUUUUCCUUUGUCUAGCCCUUCCUUAAAGGAGUCAAAAUGGUCAAAUCCUCUCAUUGGGGCAAAUAUCUCAUGGACGAAGGAAUUGGUGUCUGACUUGAGGAAGAGAUUCGAUGAAGCAGAGACAUUUCUUUCAUAUUGUCGCGCGGUCAGUAAACUGAUGAGGGGCCCGUGCGAAACUCACUACAGUUAACAUAGUGCAAUUCUUAAGGGUGAUAAUGAAAUCCCGACAUAAUGUGCAUGAAAAGAUGUCGAAAUGACAAAACACAACAAACAGUGGGUGGCGGGUGUAUGACCACGGGUGUGUGCCUGUUUACUGGGGGGGGGGCUGGGAGGGUAAAUGCCUCGCUAUAGGCAUAGUUUUCAUCAUAAUCGUAGUUUUCUUUAUCUCCAAUCUGAUUCAGUAUGUAACAGUAAGUCUGCCACCUCCUUAGAGGAGUAGAAGUAAGUGUACAGUGCUGAGUUUUCCUUUGAACUAUUGUUAAUUAUUUCCUUUCCAGAGACCUAACAACUACACAUAUCCGAUUCCAAAGAUCACGAAGCCCUUACCUCCUCGACAGUCCAACUGCCGUGGAAGAAGCACGACACCAGCCCCUCCCGUUGGAGAUGCCUUCUUGGUGACGACCUCAUACUCUACAGCAAUAUCCCUGCUAAUUAGCUAUUUGGUGUUGAUGUGAACGAUCAAAGAUAUGCCAUCAUGAUCACGGUUCACAAAUUGCUAGAGAGUACAAUCUGCACUAAAACCAAUGUUUGCUCCAUAUCUUAACGUAGAGAUGAUCUCU